AAUAAAGGGGGGGGUUAGACGUAUUUGGGGUAAUGGUCAACUUAGAUUAAAAUGGCAAAGUUAUUUGACUGAAAGAGGUGUGAGAUAUGUUGCUUUUCCUAAAUAUUUAAACUUAGAUUAUAAACUUAUGCCUUAUUUAAUGAGUUUCGUGCACAAUAUAGCAACGCUCCCCCUCCCCCGUCACGAACAUCUUCAUCUAAAGGAAAAUCGAUUUUUAAAUCUGCAUUUGGCAAUCUUAUGAAAAAAAGUAAAACAACUCACGUCACUGAACAAAGCGCAUUGAAUGAGAUUACUUUGUAUUUAACAUAUGAAGUUGAUUUUGAAGAAAAUGAUGACUUUGACGUUCUAGACUGGUGGAAGUCAAAAGAAAGAACGUUCCCGAUUUUAGCACGGAUGGCUAAGCAAGUACUAUCAAUGCCGGUUUCAACAGUUGCGGUGGAACAAGAAUUUAGUUCGGCCGGCAACGUCCUAACGGCAUCUAGAUCGAGAUUGAGCGCGGAGUCUCUUGAGACGCUUAUAUGCUACCACGAUUGGUUGAAGGCCGCACGUAGAACUCAAGAAUUGAGCAUCACCCCCUCCCAAGAUUUUAUGGAUGACUCAACAACCGAUGGUGGCUCUACCUAUGCCGGAGAUUCCGAUUGAUUAGUAUUUUAGAAUUUAGUACAAAAUGUAUUUUAUAGCACUUGUCAAAUUUAUUUAUACUUGUACUUCAUAUUUCAAAAUUGUAAACUUGUACUUCAUAUUUCAAAAUUGUAAAUUUGUAGUUGUAGUUCAAAUUAAUUUGUAAACUUGUACUUCAUA